UAGAUAAGUGAAUAAUGGAAAUCAAUCAGAAUGUCGCUAAUAAAACAUUAACUUAUAGAAUUAUUAUGAUGAUGGCCCCACCUCAUUCCCACACAAAGACCGAUAUUUUGAACCAGAUCCCCCUGCAGAGUUAACAUAUUUGUCAUAAAAAAUUGUAUGGUACCGAAAAUACCGGUACUGGCUUUUGUUCAGUACCGGUAUUACGGUACCAAAAAUGGGUAGGUAUUCCCGGGUAUCGGUACCGGUAUUACCGGUACCACAACCCUAUUCGCGAACCAAAAAUAGUGAACAUUGUACGCCUAUAACUGACAUAUAUGAAGAACCAACACCCAUCUAUUUGCGUGGAAGGAAUGACGCCGACCAGUAUCAAAAUGACGCUCGCAUCCGAAGGACUACCCACAGCUCCUGACCAUCUCCUAUGCAUUUUCUUCGAAGUCUAUCAGGAAUAUGGGCUAAACCCAGACGAAGCAGCAGCAGAUCUCGACUAUGCAAAAUUUUUAUCAAGCGAAAGAACCAGGCGCCUUCAACAACUCCGCGAAGAUUUACCACCAGAUGUAGUCAUACCAGAUUACGCAGAUUUUUGUGCGGGUUUUCUGAGAGCAACUAUUAGACACAUUUCGCAGCGCACGAAAAGAGCGAUAAGAUUUUGCGAAAAAGAACUUGUUUUUAUGCCGGACAUACCACGAAAUCUAGUAAUAUCUGGAGGAGUUGCAAGUAAUGAUAUUAUUUUCAACGCAAUAUCCAAUAUGUCGGCAUCAAAAGCCUUUAAAACCAUUCGACCAAAAAAGGCACUGUGUAAUGACAACGGAAUAAUGAUAGCCUGGAACGGAAUAGAAAAAAUGGCCAAGCACCAAGAUAUGACAAAAUGCUAUGAUUCUAUUGAUAUUUGUAGUAGAGCUAUUUUGGGGACUAAUCUUAUUCAGCAAGUCAAAGAUGCUAAUAUACCUAGUAAAUCUCGAUUUGAAAAGACUUAGGCGCUUUAGUGUCGGAAUUUUGUAAAAGAUUGCGUUACAUUUCAGUUGAACUCGCCAACUCUGUACAUACUACUCAAUAUUUUUAUGCGAUGUUAUAUUAAAUAUGGAGAAAUAAAGCAUUUGUCGCCGGGCAUGUCUCGAUUUGGGACGGGACCAGCGGAUGGA